CCGUCUCCGUAAAUUUAGAGUAUUCUAAGGAGACAUGUUUAAGUUAACGCGUGUUGUCGCUCAAGAACUGCUGCCCCAAUGUACCGCGAAGAGGUUUGUCAAAGGACAUGCAAGCGCCAAUGUCUGGGCCACUCAAUUCAGUACAAAUUUAAGUAGGUCAAGAGCAAGACCUCCUCCAGCAGUCGUUUCCUCAAGGCUACCGGCUUCGGCUGCUAGUGCUAGUACUCCGGCUGUCUGGAGGCGCAUGUCGUCGGCUUCAUCUUUAAACGACAGCGAUGUUCAGAAAAGAGUGGAGGAUAUUUCUCACAAGUUUAAAGAGGCCAUGGAGUUGCUAGAAGAUGCGCGAGGAUCCGUAGGCACAGUGUACUUUUCUGAGGACAUGACAGAUGCAGAGAAUGCAAUUCAAGAAGUUCUCUCGGACUAUGAUGCUCUAAUGAAAGAAAUGAAUGAGGAUCAAAAACGCUCGGUUGUUAGGACAAUUGGAUUGAAAAUGGAAGAGCUGAAAGCUCAAGUGCAAAUGUUGAAAGACUCCUUGAAAGACUAAAUCUUCCUUGAACAUGAUAAUACAAUUGAAACUUAUGAGACGAUUGAGUCAAUUAACAUAGUUCCAACAGAUAACACA